GCUCCGCAUUCUCCGCAGCCGCCGCCGCCCCGUCCCCAGCAGCAUGUCGGGCCGGUCGGUGCGGGCCGAGACCCGCAGCCGGGCCAAGGAUGACAUCAAGCGGGUGAUGGCGGCCAUCGAGAAAGUGCGCAAAUGGGAAGUCAUAAUUCUGUGAUUUUCACCAAACUCUGUUGCAAUGCAAGUGAGUGUGAUGUGAUAAAUUCAGCAUUAUGACAUCAUUUCGUGACCAUCAAGAGAAGAUGGGGUAUGCGGGAGCUAUCCUUGUUUAAACACACAUUGUUUUAAUAAAUAGCAGACAUGUCUGUCCAGUGAAGAUGCUGCUUUGAGGCUGCAUUGAGAUGCUAACCAGGGAGAAGAAAUGGGUGACAGUUGGCGACACAUCCCUCAGAAUUUACAAAUGGGUACCAGUAACAGAGCCCAAAGUUGAUGAUAUCUCAAAGUUCUUUACAAAGAAAAACAAAAAUAAGAAAAAAGGCAAAGAUGAAAAAUGUGGCUCUGAAGUGACCACUCCAGAGAAUAGCUCUUCUCCAGGGAUGAUGGACAUGCAUGAUGACAAUAGCAACCAGAGUUCAAUAGCUGACGCUUCUCCAAUAAAACAGGAGAACAGUAGCAACUCAAGUCCAGCACCUGAGCAGAACUCAGCAACACAAGCAGAUGGCACUGAAGUAAAGUCUGAUGAAACUCAAGCAGAUGCAAAGGAGCAACCUGGUUCAGAAGAUACUUCUGAUGAACAGAAUUCACAGUCUUCAAUGGAAAAUUCCAUGAACAGUUCAGAGAAAGCAGAAAUUCAAUCCUCUGGAGAAAAUGAUAUAACUACAGAGGCAUCUAAAAACUCUCAGGACUCUGAAGGAGUGCCACCUUCUAAAAAGAUGAAAGUAGAGGCUUCCCAACAAAAUGUUGAAGAGAUUUAGACUAUAGAUUUUUUUCUGAUCAGUUUUUAUGUAAGGUACAUCAGUGGGCUUAAUCAUAGAACAACUUUACUUAAGCAUCUUCUCUUGGAUGAGGACAGAACUCCUAACUUUUCAAGUUACCAAGCAAAAAUCCAAGAAAACCUAGCAAAGGUUUAACUUCUCAGACACUGAAAACUUUUUCCUGUGAAACAAACAUUGAGAACUUUUAAGUUACUGUCUCUGAAAUGGUUGGAGUAAACAACUCAGGAGGGGUCUACGCACUGUUUCUAAAGUCAAAAUUACAAUUAUGUUGCUGCUGGUUUUAUUUUUUUUUUUUUUUUUUUUUUCCAUUUCUCUAUUUAACAAUGUAAGAUAUUUAAGGAUGGUACAGGUCAGGUAUUAGCUUUCAUGUGAAGUUCAUUGUUCUGGCGUGAUGUCUGCUUUUGUUUUGUGCCUUGUGUUCUGAAAACAGUGCUAACUUUUAAAGUUGUUUUGCAGCUGUCUCCUUUGCAAAGUGGCCUAUGUUUGUAUAAUGCCAUGUAGUAAGUUUUUCUGUUUUUUGUUUUAUUUUUUUAUUUUAAAUCCCUGAUGCUUAAAACUUAACAAAUAGAGAUAAAAUGGAUCUGGAAGCCAUUUUCACACUUGGAGUCCAAGGAGACAAAGAAGCAUCAUUUUAUUUUUCUGCAGCUACAGUGGAGACCUUUUAUUGAAUGCCCGGCAUUCGCAAACUGUAAAUCUGGUCUUUCAAACUAUUCUUAACUUCAUCGGAAGUUAAUAUGAUUUAUUUACCAUUUAUAUUCCAGAUCUGAAUAAAUUUAAUAGAAGUAAAGUAGAUUAAGUAAUAGGUCCAGAUCUCUGUACUGGGUACAGUAAUUGUUUUAUAAAAAAGUUCCACUAUAAAGAUAGGAUCAAAGGGAUUGAUGUGCAGCAAAUGAUUUAUUCUGAUAUCAGGUUUUCACUGAACUGGAUUUCAUUGUACUGUUCUUUAAUAAGAUGUUUACUGAUAUAUUCCAGGCUAUACUGUAUUUGGGAUUUUUUUAAACUUUCAGCUAGUCUUUGUAAAUAAGUCUUAUUUCCAUAAUCUCUACAUUACUGGUAGAAAUUAUCCUUUCUUUUCAAUUAUGUUGAAGCGUGCUUAUGCUAAGCUUGUUUGAGCGGCUCUGAGCAUGUGUAACUCCCUUCAAGUCAAUGGCAUUUAGAGGUGCGAAGUAUCUACCUAGAUCAGGCCUUUAAGGGCCUGAUGUUGCAAUGGGCUUAAUACUUCUAGGGAGGUGCCAAGCGCCUUCAAAACCGAGUCAUGUCCGUGGUAACUACUUGUGUGACUAAGGAUAUUCACAUGAGGUGUAAAUGUUGCUGGAUUGGACCUUAAUCUUCAUUCACUCUCAGAGGGAGAUGGGGCUUGUAAUUUAAAACCAGAUCCCACAUCUCCAAAAAUUGUGCAGAAUGUGUAAGCUAAGAACUGUAAAUAUUUUUUAAAAUGAUAAAUCUUUCUGUCCACACAUUUUCAUAAUUAGCUCUUUGUAAACUUGCUUAUUUCUGAAUUCUCCAAUGGUGAAAAUGGCUUGAGCUUUGACUACUACAUUGCAUUUCCAAUUACCACCUUAAUUAUGAAGAACAAUUGGGAGUAGGAGAAGAGUGAGGAGCCAAUGCUGACCUUCCGUAAAAUGUCUGUUGGAUUAAACUCCAAAGUGACUUGCUAUGCUCAGUUUGGGAAUUUUUCCUUUUAUGUUGAAAUAAACUUUUUUGGAUCUCAACUAAAUAAAAUUUGGUUGCAAAUCAUUCAUGAAACCAGUGUGCUCCCUAAUAAGUUUUUGGGUUCUCUGGUCAGAUCAUGAAGUCCAUUAACUUUCUGAAAAUAAGGAACUGAGGAGCCAAAAGUUAUAUUUGCACAAUAAACAUAUUGGAAUGGUAAUUUCUCUCUUGAAUUGUGUGUAUGCUUAAAAAUGUUGAUAACUGGUCAAUGGCUAUCAGUUUGUAUGUAUAAAUACACUCAGAUUUAAUUGAUAUUUUGUGAGAAAAAUUCUAUUUGAUAUAUAAAAUGGGCAAAUUUAAAAAAAAAUCAGACUUUUCAAAACACAUUCACUAGCAUUUUAAUUUUGUAUGCUAAAACUACAUGAAUCAGAUGCCACCUUUUACAAGUCGUCAUGUUUACUGAUCACCAUCUUCAGAUGAAUCCCAAAAUGUUUUUCAUUUUGAUUUUUCUACAAGUUUUUGAAGGGGUAGGUAAGCUUUUUGAUUUCAAAGCUGAUUCCUGUACUUUAGGAAGAAAAAUAUAAAUAGUACUAAAAUACCUCAAAUUUUUCAUUAGAUAGAAAUGUUUAUUGGCAUUACUGACACCAACAGGUUUAACUAUAAAAUUCCUUCUUUUUCUCCUGUGGCUUCUGCUCAGAACUGUGUCCAUUGUACUGUGGCUUGGAAAACAAACCAGCUAUUGCUAAUGGCUUUAUUUCUAAAAUAGUAACUUUUUAUUUACAGUUUAUACAAAAUACAUUCAGAUCUUCUUUUCACCACAGAUUCUAGUGACAACAGACAAUUGAAAAAGCAGAUAGGUUUGGGUUCCUUAAACCUGUUAGUGUCAUUCUCUAAGAGGAGAGACCUUGACAUUACCUGGUAUGAAGAAAUCCAAAAUAAUGUAUAAGACUGUUAUUAGUCUUUCUUUGAAGUGCCUGAUAAUAUUAAUGGGCCAGUGGGUGUGAUUAAACACAUUUUAAUGCCAGAAAGUACAGAUGUGAUCAGACCAGAACAUAGGAUCCAUAUCUACUUGAGGUUUGGAACCACAUCUAGAUUCAAUGUUUUGGCUUGGACCCAUCUCUACCAGAAAUUUGUUUUAUGAACUCACUGUAAAAGAGUGUAUUGAAAGCAUUGAGACAUGAAGCAGAAGGGGAGUUGUAAUUUACUUCGAGGUAACUGAAAGUUCUCAUACAGCUAAUGUUUUAGAGUUAGUGCAAAUAUCAAGAAGUGCUUCCUUGCUACAUGCUGAAUGUUGGAGCUUCAGUUACAAAAACAAAAGAAACUAGAAGCAAAAAAAGUAAAUUUUAGCUUAGGUUGUGGAACACAUGAGAAGGCCUUCCAAAUAAGCGAUUUACUCAGCCAAACAUUUUAUAGCAGAACUAUUCCUUGGAAUUUUUAUGCUUGGGAAAGUAAUUGUUAAACAUUCCAAAAAGUGCUGGCACUUACAAAACAACAAAUCAACAAGGCAGUAUAAAAUAUUGGUUUUGGGUGGCUAUCUUCAUACAUAAACAUUGUCAUGUUUUGGAAUGUUCUUUAUAUCUAAGGGUCUGUUAGAAGAUGUAAAGAAUUUUGUUCUCCCCCCCCCAAUACCUAAUCGUUUUCCAUCUUAUGAUUUGUGUGUGUUGUACAGCAGUAUAAUUUUUCACUUAUUUAUUCCAUCAGUAGCUAUGGUUUGUACAAUGUACAAUGGUUUCAUUUAAAAAAUAAAAUUAAAAAAUCACAACAUGAA